AUGGGUUGUGGAGCAAGUGUUCCAAUAGAGGAUGAAAAUGAUCCAUUUUUACAUGAUAAACAAAUUAAUGAUAUGAUAGAACAAUCAUUACAUCUUAAUAAACAAAAUUCAAAAAAGGGGGUUAAGUUAUUAUUAUUAGGAGCAGGAGAAAGUGGUAAAUCAACAGUAUUAAAACAGUUAAAACUAUUACAUAAAGGAGGAUUUUCACAACAAGAAAGAAUGCAAUAUUCACAAAUCAUAUGGUGUGAUGUUUUACAAAGUAUGAAAAUUUUAAUUAUACAAGCAAGAAAAUUAAAAAUUCCUUUAGAUUGUGAUAAACCAAAUAAUCCUUUAAUUCCUUAUAAACAAUGUAUAUUGAGAAGUGAUGCAUUAACUCAAAUUGAUACUACUAUUGCUGGUGGUAAUAAUUUUUUAAAUGAUUAUAUUUUAAAAUAUGAUGAAAAAAGUAAAAAUAAAAGAAAAAUGAAUAGUACUGGAGUUGUAGAAUUUUUAGGAGGAGAUUCAAAUAAAAAUAAGGAAAACAGUUAUGAGGAUGAUGAUGAUGAAGAACUAGAUUCUGAGAAUUUACAUUUAUUAAAUAAACAACAACAAGAACAAAGAUAUCUGAGACAAGAUGUAGCAGAAGCAAUACAUAAAUUAUGGACAUUAGAUUCAGGUAUUAAAAAAUGUUAUGAAAGAUCAAAUGAAUUUCAAUUUGAAAGUUCAGCAGAUUAUUAUUUUAAUAAUGUUUUUAAUUUUGCUGAUCCAACUUAUUUAAGUUCAGAUUUAGAUAUAUUAAAAGGAAGAAUUAAAACUACAGGUAUAACAGAAACAAAUUUUACAAUAAAUUCUUUUCAAUUUAAAGUAUUGGAUGCAGGUGGUCAAAGAUCUGAACGUAAAAAAUGGAUUCAUUGUUUUGAUGAUAUAACUGCUGUAUUAUUUGUUUUAGCAAUUAAUGAAUAUGAUCAAAUGUUAUUUGAAGAUGAAAGAGUUAAUAGAAUGCAUGAAUCAAUUAUAUUAUUUGAUCAAUUAUGUAAUUCAAAUUGGUUUAAAAAUACUCCUUUCAUUUUAUUUUUAAAUAAAAUUGAUAUAUUUGAAAAAAAAAUUCAAAAAAAUCCAAUAAAGAAAUAUUUCCCAGAUUAUAAUGGUAAAAAUAAUGAUUUUAAUGAAUCAAUAAAAUUUUUUGAGACAAAUUUUUUAAAAAUGAAUAGAAAUUUAAAUCGACCUAUUUAUAUUCAUAGAACUUGUGCUACUGAUACAAAUUCAAUGAAAUUUGUAUUAAGUGCUGUUGCUGAUAUGAUAAUUCAACAAAAUUUAAAAAAAAGUGGUAUCAUGUAG